CGCCGAGGCCUUGAAGUGAAUUCAUCACCAUCGCGGCCGUGGAGGACGUCGUGAACGAUGUCGGGCACCCCAGUGGACCCCCUGCAGACCCUUCAGGCGGCAUUGACCGUACCUGCAAACUCAAAGGAACAGGCAGACCUCUUGGCUGCCCUCCGUGAAUCCUUGGAAGCCCAUCCAGCCCCCAUUCGAAUCCUUGUAGGAACCCUCAUCGGAAUCGUCGCAAAUACCAGUGAUUCUCUGUUGAAGAGAUGGGUUCUCGACCUUCUACAGUUUGCCAUUUGUCGGUCUACAUUACCUCUUGACCAAAAAACACAGCUGGCAUCGCAGGCAUUGGAUACAUUGUCUCAACUACUCAACGACCGAACACCCGCAAUCGUCAAGGUUGUCAUUCAGUGUUUGACGACGGUGUACCCGCUGUUAUUCCGUUUCCUAUGUUCAAACCGGUCAAAUCCUGCGGCAUGGGAUACAUUGUCAACAUGCAAAACACGCAUUCUGGAGUUCGUGUGGAACCCUCAAGCUAACAACGGUGUAAAGGUGUCAGCAGUCAAAUUCAUGCAGAAGGUUAUUCUGGUGCAGACGCGCGGUAUUUCUGAUCCUCGUCUACAAAACAAGAAUGAUCCAAACAUCUCUUUCUGUCCACCCGACCACCCGUUCAUCUCUGUUACCAAACUGGAAAGCGAGGGCCAGAAACUCUUGGAGAAUGUUAUCACCAUUCUAUUCUCAAGCCAGAACGUCGAUAUGCUCUCAGCGGUACUGAACAGCUGGGCAUCUCUAACCAAACUGCGGCCAGCCAUGACACCUGUAGUUAUCGGUACACUCAAGCAAUGGACACCGGCCGCCCUUGGAGGUCUCUCUGCUUCUAGCGUCAAAAGUGUUGAGAAGGCAGUUCGUAUCCUUCUCAUCCAUAUAUCCCGCAACCCGAGCAAUGCGCAAUAUGGAGCUCAAAUCAACGAGAUCAUCUCCCAGCAAGCCGUUCGAAUGGAAAGAGCUGCUAUUGAGGAGAAGAAGCGGAAAGUUGCUCAAGCAUCUGGUACUGACGCCAAAAAAAGACCGCUGCCCGACGGUGAAGGUCCUACAGACCCUAAGCGCGUCAAACUUGAUUCUGAACCCGGCCCUUCUUCCUCGUCGACAAAUGUCCUCUCCUCCUUCGAUUUCACUACCCUUCCCGCCACCCUUAUCACCGACCUCAUUGUUGCUAACAUCGAAGCCUUUACCGAGCCAACUUUAAUUGGUCUUGUGGAUGCGUACCGUCAACGGAGGGGUUUACCAGGACCCCAAGCAACCGAACCUCCCGCCUCACGCACCCCAUCUAAUAUGUCACAAAGCAAUAGACCAGAGGAAGGGUGCCGCAGCCCAGCUUCCCAGCCUCUACCCGAAUUACAGAAACCUCCGCCUGUCAUCAGAGUGAAAGACGAAGAGCCCGUAGAUCCACUGCAGAUGGACAUUGACCAAGAUGAGAUUGAAUAUGAGCCUGAUAGACUCAACGAAGAGCUAUCGGGUCCUCUCAUCGCUGAUACUUCCGCCAAUCUUCCCGCCUCCAUAACAUCAAAUCUCACACUCCUCGAUUUCAAGCUUCCUCCUCCUCGAGAAUUCAGUGACUCAGAACGUACUUCAAUAGUCACCGAUUCAAUACAACGCAUAUGGACAGGGGCGGAAGAAAUACGCGCAAGCUUCGUGGAUGCGGGUGUCUCCCCUGAUUCGCAGAUCGUUAGUGCAAGGGGUGCGACGGAUAUGACCAUGCUGUUACUGGUGAGAAUGAUUACAAGAGUCGCAAAACCACCCGUGGAAGUGGAUGAAGAUGGCGACGAGAAAAUGGAGAACGAGCCCGAGUCCGAGAGCGAGGAUUCCAUUAAUGCCUAUUAUGAACGACAGGACCAGAUGAGGCAAGCUCUCUGCGAUUAUAUUAUGUCCGACUUCCCAUCUCGGAUCCGGCUUGCUACAACGUGGAUGAAUGAAGAGUGGUACAAUGAUCGAAUAAGGUCUGAGCAUGACCCCACCUGGCGAUUAAACUACGAGACCUGGUUAAACCAGAUAGUAGCAUCUUAUCAAACCGUCUUGGACGGAAAAGAUCGGACGUUUUCACGCUUUCUUUUAGAUCUCCCUUCUAUACCCCCCGAUGUUCUUGUUUUACUUCGGGAUCUAUGUGUUGACCCUGACAGUCCAGACAGGAUGCAGGUAGGUUUUACAACUUUGCGAGGAUUUGUUAUCCAGCGACCUGCCAUGCGUUCGGAUGCUCUCAACGUUCUCCUCGACUUGACAACUCAUCCGGAAAAGAAGAUUCGAGGAGCUGCCAUCAAUACGGUCAAGCUAUGGGUACCCAACAGUCAGCCGAUGGAUGCCAUGGUUCGGGAUUUUGCGCUGCAAAUGCUUCGAAAGCUUCAGAUUUCCCCCAGAGAAGUUUCAAAAGAGCCAAAGAAGAUACCUGCGGAUGGCGACUCUUCAGAGAUGCAGGUCGAUGGGAGCACAAGGGCAGAGACAAAAGGACACGAGGAUGAUGAGAACAUGGAAGACGGACAGCUGCCUCCCGAGGAUUUGGUUCAAACUCCGUAUCUUCCGGAGCGCAUCGAGUUACCCGCACAGAAGAGCCAUGUUCUGCAGCACGUGGAAUUAUUGUUCGCGUUGUCCGUCAAGGUUCCUGAAUUUUUGGAAGAGAUCUUUGCCGCGUAUGGACAGAUGGAUGUGACAGUGCAAGAAGCAGUUCAAGAACUUAUUACCGCCCUGAUUCGUUCACUGGGAUCGAAUCACGGUAAACUCCUCACUCUGAUGCGGAACUGUCCACCAGGGGCUGAAACCCUUGCGCUUCGCGUCCUUACUAUUUUCACUGAAAACGGCCGUCCUGGCGCGCAAUUGGUGGCGCUAGUUAAAGCCCUGAUCAAUGAACGGGAUCUCGAUGCCAGGUUCCUUAUUCCCAUCAUCGCAGAGAUGGAUAAGCCUGAUAUCAUCCGACAUCUACCACGAAUUGUUUCAAUACUGAAUGGAGAGGCGGAACCCAAGAACCUGGUCCGCUCUGUUUUCAGCUCUGUCGUAACGACGCCACCGCAAACAUUUGGGAGUGUCACAUCAAAUCUUCCUAGAGUCAGACAGAGUGAAUUGCUUACGCCUGCGGAGCUCAUGGUCUUGCUGCAUGAUGCAGAAAAGGAGAUAGGACUGAAGAGCGCGAUCGAAGCUAUCGGUAUCUGUUUCUCGAUGACCGACGUGUUCCGGUCGGAAAUUCUUGCCGUGGUGAUGCAGCAGAUCAUGGAUGAACCUGUGCUGCCAGUGCUUUUCCUUCGAACAGUGAUCCAGGCCGUUACUACAUACAAAUCACUCGUGGGCUUUGUCUCGACAACACUUCUGUCCCGACUAAUCACCAAGAAAAUAUGGACGAAUCCUCCGCUGUGGGAAGGGUUCAUUCGGUGCGCGAAAGCCAUAGCACCGGCGAGUUUCGGUGCACUGUUGCAAUUGCCGAAAGAUCAGCUACGGGAGCUCGUCGACAAGCAACCAACGUUGAAGUCUGGUCUUCGUGAUUAUGUGAUGAAGAAGGCGACGAACAAAACGCGAGUAUCAGGUUUUCUGGAUAUUUUUGGAGAAACGGAGGAGAACACCAAUUCUCCGAAGCUUUCGUGACCGGAUUCUGUUGGUAGUUCCAGACUGCCUGAUGUAAAUUUAUUGCUAGCCAUGUAUGCCCAUAGCUAUAGUUAUAUUUGUAGGACUGGAUUGAACUUAUUGUAUCUUAAUUAUUGAAUUAUGGAAGCUGCAGAUUUUGUUGACGCCGAGAUCCGUUUA